AGGAAACGCUCCUGGGUUUUUGUCGACAAAUAGAUCCUGCUGCCCUCCAAUGCUGACUUCUCUUGGUGUUUUUUUUUGAAAAUCUUUUACCUUUGAACACGGACAAGUCUUAGACUCUGCCACUUCAGACCAGAGACAUGGUGGGCAUGAAGAAAAUACUGCUUGCUGCUACUGUUGCAGCCCUGGCUGCAUUUGUGGGAAACACAUACCUGAGACUGAAGCAUAUGAUGCUUGCUUCCAGAGAGCUGCCUGUGAAGCACCUCAACUGUCAUUAUUUACAGAAUAUUGACUGUGGGGCAGAGGACAUCACCAUACUUAAAGAUGGACUGGCCUUCUUCAGCUCGGGGUUGAGAUUCCAAGGAAUGCAUUCAUUCUGUGAUGAGCCGGGAAAAAUGUACCUUUUGAAUCUGCUGCAUCCAAAGCCGACUCCUGUUCAGCUGCAGAUCAAAGGAGAGCUGGACCUCAAAUCAUUCAACCCUCAUGGGAUUAGUGUUUACACCGAUGAAACAGAUGACAACAUAUACGUGUUUGUCGUCAAUCACCCUCACGAGGCUAGUCAGGUAGAGAUCUUUCGUUUUGUUGCUGAAGACACACUUGAGCACCUAAAGACUAUCACCCAUCCUUUGCUCCACAGCGUGAAUGACGUUGUGGCAGUUGGAAAGGAGAGCUUCUACGCCACAAAUCAUUUCGCCUUUCCCAAUCAAAUGCUUCACUUUCUGACCAUGAUCCUGGAUAUACCCAUGUGUGAAGUGGUGUAUUACAGUCCUGGUGAAGUGAGGGUGGCAGCCGGUGGCAUAAUGUCUGGAAAUGGGAUCAAUAUAUCUCCUGACAAACGGUAUAUUUAUAUUUCAGAUAUCUCAGACCAUGAGAUCGACGUUUUUGAGAGAAAAAAAGGGGAGAAAUUGGAGUAUAUCAAGUCUGUAGAUGUUGGAUCAAGUUGUGAUAACAUCGAGGUGGACCAGAAGACAGGUGACCUGUGGAUGGGUUGUCAUCCAAAUCUUAUGAAGAUGGUGACCUACGACCCGAAAGAUCCUCCAGGCUCUGAGGUAAUCAAGAUCAAGAACAUUCACUCAGAGAAUCCAGUGGUGAGCAUGGAGUACGGUGACAACGGCAAAGUGCUUAUGGCCUCCACUGCUGCGACUCCCUAUGAGGGAAAGUUGCUUAUUGGCACUGUUUUCCACAAAGCUCUGUACUGUGAUUUGAAAUAAUCUGUAUGAUAUGUACUGUAUCUGUUAUUAGUACUGUAGCAAACAGUCUGCCUGGAUACAGGAAUAAAAUCAAAAUCAAUCUUUAUUGAAGACAAUUCAAAAAAUGAUAAAAAGAUCGUAAUUUUAAGACAGGAAACUAUUUGACAGUGGAGCAGUGUCUUCAGGUCAUCCGCAACCAGAACAUCCACUUCAAUAAGCAGCAAGUGGCUCAGGUUUACAAAGACGAUGGCCAUGUGCUCUUUGGUUCCUCUGUAGCAACCACCUAUGGUGGAAAGUUACUGAUCGGCACUGUGUUCAAUAAAGCCUUGGUCUAUGAUCUGAA